UUCCUAUCUAUUAACCAUACCUUCGGUACAAUGGGUCUUCUCCACGGGCUGAUCAGCCUAUUGCUUGGGAUCUGCAUUGGUGUGGAAUGCAAGAACCCACACCCUGCGAGGAACACCGUAGAUGGAGCACCGCAAGUCACGCUCAGUCAAGGGACUGUUGAAGGGUUCCUCGAUCUCCACAAUAACUCAGUAUUUCUGGGAAUUCCCUUUGCUGACACAACGGGAGGACAGAACCGGUGGAAGGCCCCUAAAAAUGUUCCCAAAGCAGCGAAGCAGUCUGUCUUCAACGCAACGCAGUAUGGCGCAACAUGUCCGCAGGCCAUCUCCGGCACACUCUUCUCGCAUCAGGGCGAGGACUGCUUGAAUCUCAAUAUCUGGGCACCAUCUUCAGGUUCGAGUCUGCCGGUCUUCGUAUACAUGUACGGAGGCGCCAUGGUUACCGGCUCGAGCAGCAACCCUCAAUUCCAGGGCAACAACUUUGCUCGCAAGGGCGUUGUCUUCGUUAGCUUCAACACUCGUGAGAGUAUCUUCGCGUAUCCCAAUUCGGCCGAACUCGAGAGUACAGCCGAGUCACAGAACUUUGGUAUCCUCGAUGUUGAUAAAGCUAUGGACUGGAUCCACGAGAAUAUUGCCGCCUUUGGCGGUAACCCGGAUCAUAUUGUGUUCGGUGGUCAUUCGUCCGGUUCUGUCCAGGUCGACCACUAUCUUUGGAACCAUCCCGAUACCUGGCUUGUAGGUGCUGUUCAGAUGGCUGCCAAUGCGAAGUCGGGCCCGGCAGUAGCCCCUGUAAACCAGGCUCUUGAUGUUGUAGCAGCCGAGGUCGGCUGCCCGACUGGCGCUGGUCAAUUGGAGUGCCUGCGGAAGGUUGAGCUUUACGACUUCCAGACUGAGAAGUUCAACGCCACCUACAACACCUGGUUCACCCCAGUUGUCGACAACAUCACACGUUAUCAAGACUACGAGAGCCGAUUUGCAGCAGGAAAGUACGCUUCACAAGUCCCACUCUUGACUGGUAACUCAGACGGCGAGGGUGCGGUUUUCUCCCUCGUUUAUGGCGCAGAGAACACAGACUUCGAUGCUUGGCUGGACACCUUCGACGCUGAUGUUGCUGAGAUCCCCAAGGACCUUCUCUUGGCCGCGUACAACGCCUCGGAAUAUGCGACUGUCUCUCAAAUGAGUGGUGCACAAUACGGAGAUGCGCGAUUCUUCUGUCCAGUUGAUUACCUCCGGGACCUAAGAAGCACCACGCAGGACACAUGGACCUAUCGCUUCUUUGGUGACUACUCCAACGUUUGGGGACUGCCGGUCUCUGCACCCACUCACGGCACCGAGAUUCCGUUCUUCCUUGGUGGCAAUGAAUGCUUCGAUGCCAUCAGCGACGUGACGGAAGCAGAGCAGGCACUGGCUGACUACCAGAACGAUUGGUUCGUGUCAUGGAUCAAGAACCCGUCCGCGGGCCCCGGAUGGGAUAAGGUCACACCAAAGUCGGGGACGAUUGCGAAACUUGGCGUACCGGGCAACGAGCUUGCAAUUGAGCUUGCAUCGACUGCUGACUUCAAUGGACGAUGUCAAUCAGUGUACAACCCAUACCUCCCUAAAUAUCCUGUCAUCCAGGAUGUGGGUGGAGCGGGGGGCACGAUCGGUAAUUAA